AUUUCGGGUUAAUUGCAUUUUAUACCACAUGAUUAUUUAACGGUGUCGUAUUGGCAAGAUCUACUGCUAAACUCAAAUUGUUGGACAUUGGAUACAACAAGUUUGCUCAAAACCCAGAACAAGCUAGCAAUUGACAUCAAAUUGAAGAAGAAUCUGAAAUGGCAGGUAGAUUAAGCCACGUGGCGUCUCGUAUCAUGGCAUCAAGCGGCGUCGUUUCACGUUCUAGCAACUCAUCUCUUCGCUUCCGGUCAGGCAUGGGUCUCCCCGUCGGCAAACACAUCGUCCCCGACAAACCCCUUUCGAUGAAUGAUGAACUUACUUGGGACAAUGGGACUGCAUUUCCCGAGCCUUGUAUUGAUCGGAUUGCGGAUACUGUUGGCAAGUAUGAAGCACUGGCUUGGUUAUGUGGAGGUUUGAGUUUCUUCGCGUCACUUGGGCUUAUGGCUGUUUUGAAUGACAAGGCCUCUAAGAUUCCAUAUACGCCAAAGGUUUAUCCUUAUGAUAAUCUGAGAGUGGAGCUUGGUGGAGAACCAUAGAGCACCUUUUUACAACCGAAAGCAGCGGAAACCGUUCUCUCAUGUGCCGCCUCUUGUUUGCAUUUAGUGUUUUAUUAAUAAUCAAAUAAUGGAAAUGUCAGUCACAAAUUAAUAUCCAACGAAUUCGCUUUGUCACAAGUUUCUUAUGCAGUGUUGUAUGUUUUCACCGAAUCAGCCUGAUCAAAAGUGCUUGUCAUGCAUUUUGUGUAUUUUUGCAAAGGUGUUAAUUUCAUCUUACUUAUUUUGACCAA